UUUUGGUUUCUUUCCAUGUGCCUCGGCAAACAUGACGGCAACAACCCGCCCGUCCAAUCGGGCAGAGGCCCGACAGCUCGUGGAGAGCAUCGCUGAGAGCCACGGCCGCAUCCGACCAGAGACUUGGGACCGCGUGACGGGAAUUCUGCCCGAGGCCGUCCUCCAGGAGCUUCAGCGUGCUCUUGACACGAGAGAUCGACUUAUCGGCUCAUCUGUGAUGACACUCGCUCGGAACCUAUACACAAGUACCGCUCGCUUUAUCUUCGAGCUGCUCCAAAACGCCGAGGAUAACGACUAUAGCGAAGCUCUAGCACAUGGCGAAGUCCCGAAAGUAUCGUUUAGCGUUUAUCCGAACCACGUGGUCCUGGAGUGCAACGAAGACGGCUUUACCAAAGCGAACCUGAGAGCCAUAUGCGACAUCGGCAAGAGCUCCAAGACGGCUGUCCAGGGCUAUAUCGGUGAGAAGGGCAUUGGGUUUAAGUCCGUUUUCAUGGCGGCGGAUCGAGUGCAUGUGCAGUCCGGUCACUUGUGUUUCCAAUUCACCCACAGGAAAGGUGACCCAGGAAUGGGCAUGAUUACGCCGAUUUGGGAAGAGGCUGGCCCAUCUGUUGGAGACCAGUGCACUCGCAUCACUCUGGAUCUUCAGCAUGCGGAGACCCCUGAAGACAGGGAGAGACGAAACCAGGUCAUUCACCAACAGUUGAACGAGAUCCAUGACACGAUCCUCCUCUUCAUGAAGAAGAUCCGAGAGAUUGAAAUUGUCUUUUACGACCAGGAGAAAGGCGAAGCUCAUGAUCCAUACAAGGUCAUUACCCAUUCGAUUGAGCGCACAGGGACCAGGGCUGUAUGCACAAAACAUACAUUGUUGUUAGGGCAGGAGGGCCAAACAGAAGUUCGACAUUACCACGUCACGGAUCACGUCGCUACAGGUCUUGCCAGAUCCCAAGGGCGCACCUACUCCGAGUCAGAAGAGUCCUCAGGAGCGUAUUCUCAGGGAGAAGUGGUGCUGGCAUUUCCAAUGACUGCAAUCUCUGUGCCCGUUGUCGAUAACCAAUGGCUCUUUGCGUUUCUACCCGUCCGACAAAUGGGGUUCAAGUUCCUUAUACACGCCGACUUCGAUACCCAAGCGAACCGUGAGGACAUCGUCAUAACCUCGACUAGAAACCAGAGGCUGGCGACAGGAAUCGCUGAUGCCUUCAUCAAAGCUGUUCUCCAGCUGUGCGAUCACCCUACUUUGCGAUUCCAGUGGAUGCAAUACCUCCCGCAACAGGAUGCUUAUCCUUGGGACGAUUUCUGGAAAGAUGUCAUCACAAAGAUCAAGGACCGCAUUAUGUCCACCCCGGUUGUAGUCCCGGCCAAGCCAGGGCCGCUUCGGCUGAUAGGCGACUGUUUGCACCAUUCGAGCAUUAGUCUCGACAGGCACGGCGAGCCUUUACUCCGUGAUAUAAGCCCUGAGAGAUACCUUUCCUCACAGUACCAAACAUCCGACCUGGGCCGACUGGAAGACUAUGGCCUGCGGUAUAUAGGCAUGGACGGAAUCGUCAAGAGGGCAAGAGCCGAUCUCGCCUCGGUAACAUCGAGGAUAAAAACUCAAGUCGACGAGGACUGGCAAACACGCGUCGCAAAGAUUUUGCACCUGCCAUUCAGUACGGGAUGCCACACGCGAAUUUCCGAGGUAAAAGCGCUGCAACUGUUACCACUUCGAACCGGGCAAUGGACGUCAACAAUCCCCGGGCCGGUUUAUUACGCCAAAGUUAAGGGCACAGAACUUGUGAUUCCCUCGGGCCUUCCCUUCAAGGUGACAGAUCCUGCGGCUGCCGCCAACAGUGCUCGAAAGCAGCUUUUUGACGCCGUGGGUGUGAAGAACGCAUUCGUUGCAGAUGUCCAAAGCGCCGUUAUCAGCAAGUGUCAGAAUGGCCCCCUCACACUCGCUGAAAGUGUGGAAUAUCUUCGCUUUCUAUUCCUCACGCAACGUUCCGCGCAGACCGAGUAUGGCAGGCUGCGGAUUUUCAACCACCGCGGGGUACUCCAAAACGGAUGGGACGUGGACAUUUACACUGAAAGCGACGACCCCUACGGCGCGAAACAGCUCUUCCGCCCCACCGCGCCCGGAUCCGAUUACGGAUGCGGUGCACCCGGGCUCGAAGUCUCGUUCAUACACGAAGCUUACUUUGAAGACCCUCCAAGCCUGCCCAACCCAACCGAAGAUGGCCUUGUCUGGUGGGAGGAAUGGCUGGCCAUGGCCUGCAAUUUGUCCGAGUCGGUUCCAAUCUUUGAUUUUGAGAGAGGAGAACUCACUUCUGCCGGCAAUUAUGUCGCAAAAAACAGACCCGAAAAGUUCGUAGGGCUUUUGCGGGAGAGCUGGGCGAGAGUACUCGAGUCCCAGGCGAGACCUGACAGCCAGAUCAUCGACGCCAUUGGCCAAAUCCCAGUUUUGUGUCAAGGACCGGAAACUACUCUUCGGCCUCUGAAGUCGACGUAUCUUCCAUAUGGGGAACCGCUCGAGCUAUGCCGUCGAUUUAUGACUGAUAGCGAGUUCUUCCCGUGGUUGAAGCUGGAGGCUCCUCUCAGCGGUCCCGCACCCCUUUUGGAAUGGAGCGGCUUGAUAUCUGCGUUCGGGCUGGCACAUGAUGGCCAACUCCUGGACUUUGCGCUGGUCGUGCUGAAGCAUAUCGACCAAGAUCGGUAUGCAGAGCCGUUAGAGAGGCCGGAUCGGAUGCACCAGCUUUACGCUUAUCUACAAUCCAAGGUUGGCGAGUCGAACAACCCUGAAGGUUGCCGGGAGAAGAUCAGGACGGCUUUUACUGCUGGGCAAUGUUACGUUUAUCUUCCGGAUGAAUGGGUGACACCGGAGGAUUGUCUCUGGUCGGCACCAGUCGAUCUGAUGCAUACAGCCGUUUUGAAGAGCUUAUAUUCUGGCGCCUUCUCGCUUUCACAAGACCAGAUCCUGCUUUUAGAGAUGUUUUUCGUACAUACCUUGAACAUUCCGGCCGAGGCCGAUUGGUAUCAUAUCGUCGAGGAAAUCCGCUGGCAAAAAAGCUAUAAGGAGAUGACACUCCCAGAGGCGACGGAGCUGUACACAUGUCUUUCAAAAAUGUGCUUGACCGAAGAUCAAGCCAGAGACUUGAAGCAAGCCUUCCUCGAUGAAGCCCUGAUAUUUUCCUUGGACGACAAUGGGAAAGCUUCCUGGCAUAAGGUUUCAGAUUGCUUGUGGUCGAGUGCCACUACAAUCGGAGGCAAACUAGUGCUUGAUGGUGUCUAUGGCGGUCUCAAGGGCUUCUUUGUCAACACCCUGGGGGUCGACAAGAUGACCGCCAAAAUGGUAUACGAUAAGCUCAAGGCACAGCAGGACGAAAGUUUCUCAGUCCGGGAAGCCAGAGAGACUCUGUUGGUGUUCAGCUCGUUCUUGGAAGCUGGUUCAGAAGACUUUGACCCGGCCCCAAUUCUAGAAAACCGCGUUUUCCCAGUACGAUUUCCGGACGGAGAAAUCAGACUGUGCAGGGGUGACGACGCGUUUUCAUUGCUCGACCGCAAACCCCUUGGCGAAGCAUUUGCGCAUGUCGCAAAAUUCCUCGACUUUAAUCUGCAGGAGCUUCACACUCUCCAGCCGUUUAUUCGGUGGGCUGGCCUGGGAGACCGGUACUUAUCCGCAUCUGUCAAGGAGAUUACAUCUGCGGACAGAGAGUCAACACGACCAAUGUCAUUUUCUCAUCGAGAAAUCAGAGCAAAAGCUCACGCUUUACUCCGCAUUGCGGUACACUUCAGCAGCCCCCGAACGCGACUGAACCCCAACGCCUUCUACGCCUACCUUCGAAGCUCCAGGACCCUUGAAACUGACGGAAUCACGGCUGAGCUCCUUCUCUCCCAAGGCAACCAAGUCCACCGCGUCAAGAGAGAAUUUGUGCUCCUUCACAUCCGUGAAGACAACGACGAGCUUUCAGUUUACGUCCCAAGAAACGAACGAGGUCAAGAAGUCUGUUUCAACAGCAAGCUUCCACUCCGCCUUUGUGAAUGGCUUAUAAGAGAUCCAACAACGCAAAUUUCCGAGCCGGUAGCGUCCGAGGCAAUCGCCGCUGUCCAGAGCGUCCUCAAUGCCAAAGCCUUUGCUCUCGAGGACAUCCUCGCCGAACAGGGCAUCAGCGGGGUCGACAUCCCCAACAUUGACGGCGAGGAAGCCGGGGAGCACAACGUGCUCGUUCACAUCAGGACUGCAUCCCCUGCUAUCUCAGAUCCGACUGAGGAGACUGUGGUGCCAGGACCGGAGACCUCAUCCAGUCCAAGCCCUCGGGCACUGCCCCAUCAGGGCAUGGAGAAAGCAGAGUCUAGCGAUGACGAGGGUUCAGACAUAGCGACACCACAGUCGUCAGUUACGUCCCCUGCACCUCUUAAUCCAUCUUAUGUAGCCGCGCAGAGUCGCUAUGUAUCUUCCAGGCCCUCAUUACGACCAAUGGAGGCAUAUGCCGUGGAAGGGGACACAUACCUUCGUCUUCUGCGCAACGUCGUCAGGUCUGCCAGAUCAGCUACUUUUCCAUCAACAGGCGCCUUUGACAUGUCCAAUAUUCGAGCCGCACUCCCGGGCGGUGCUAAUCAGGGCGAGUCCGAAGGGGAGACUUACCAGAUUCGAUCAGCCAGUCAGAUGGAGCGGGAUAAGCAGAUUGGUGCCGCGGGCGAGCUUUUUGUCUUCGAACUCCUCUCCAGACUCCAACCAGCCCUUCCAGGGUUCUCAAGAGCCAACUGGCAGAGCACCAUCCGUCACUAUGUCUCCGUUCAUCCAGAGUACUCGGAUAUCAGGGCAUGGGUUGGAAAUGAGACGUCUGACAUUGUCUACGAUGACAACGACGGAGAGUUUACGAGCCUUCUCAUUGACAAGGGGUACCUAAACGCCAACUCUUGGACAACUGCGAGGCCGCGGUACUUCAUUGAGAUAAAAGCUUCAACAAGUGGGUGCGGCACGCGAUUUUUUAUGAGCAAAGCUCAGUAUCGCAGGAUGCAAGAGAACACGAAUGGAAACGGCAACAGGAGGACGGUGUAUGUCAUCUUCCGGGUGUUCAAUCUCGCGGCUGGCAAUGUUGGGCUGAAGGUUUUGAUUGAUCCGGAGAACAUGAGGACUCGGGAUGAGCUUUCAUUCACGGCAGAGUCGUGGUCGGUUGUCACUUCGGACUGAUGGUGUGACAGCUGGCUACAUGUGACAAGGGCCGAGAUAUCAGAGCUUGGAACAGCGGUUCAAUUCAACUAAUGAUCUUUAGUGGCCUCAAGAUCCUUGAUGGGGAUUCUUUUCGGCUGAUCAGUCUGUCGCGUUCCACGCGUAUCUAUCCUUCUUCUGCGCCCUGCAUCAUGAGUCUUGUCUCAUCACCCAACGAUUGGACCAGAACCUGCAAUUAUCCCUCAUUGUGGUGUGAUAUUGGUCGUGGCCAAGGUUUGUUAGCAGUUACCGUGUGACACUACA